UAUUUGAAAGCGAAAGUUCCGCCAGAGGGAAAACUGCUGCAGAAUAGGACGUCGAAGAUGGCCAUACCGGUCGUUGUUUACUUGGCAAACAUGUUAUAGAUAUCCACAGAGCUGUCAGAUGGAUCGGAGUCCCCGCUUACUCUCUUUCUGCGUUAUGGUGACCUGUCUGAUCGGAGCUGCGCGCUGUUCCAACCCCGACAAAAGCAAUUGUUGCCCAGAAAUUGAUCCAUUUCCUCUAACUCAACCUCCAAAUGGCACCAGCUGCUUCCAACUUGACAAUGUUUUUCGCUACAUGUGUAUAAAAGGUUACCUGAGGAAAGUGGGAACCUCAAGUCUCAUCAAAUGCAAGCAAGAAAACAGUGUGUUACGUUGGACAAAGCCCACCCUCCAGUGUAUACCUGACCCAAAGAUAACCACAACAACGCCACCAAAGACCAAAACAACAGAGAGUACCACUGACAUUCCCACCACCACAGCCACAGCAGCUUCCACCAGCCUACAGAUGACCCCGAGUGUAAGCACCUCAGCUUCAGUGACUGCAGAAACACACAGCACAGAGCCAACCUCAUCUGGUCUGCAGGACACAUCAAAUCACUCACAGGUAGGUGAGACAAGGACCACAGCAACGGACUGGACAACAUCAGCUUCAACCACCACACAGCCUUCAAGUGGGACAAAUUGUAGUAGAUCCGAUGAAAAGGACCCUAACAGCAUGACAACAGUGGGAAUCAGCUGUGCUUCAUUGGUGGUUGUCUGUGCUUUGAUCGGAAUCAUCUUCUUAUGUUAUAAAAGGAGGUCAAAACACAAGAUCCCAUUGCACACCGCAGAAGAACAGGUACCCAUGAAUCAUGUUCCAUCUGCACCGGGGCUGUAGAGUUUGUUCCCUGCGACCUGCAGCGACGGAGGAAUCAUCUCCAUGCCAUGAAGAACUGGUUGUUACCUCCACACAGGGCUGGAGAUUUAUGAUCACCUCCCUCUGGCAACCCAUUUGAACAUUACCAGAAGAAGAAAUACCUUCGUUGAUGUGAAAGUUGUUUCCCAAGAAUUUACAGCUAGCAACCUUUUUCUGAGCAGAUCUCAAGACACCUGCAACCAAAUAUUUUAACUUCACGUAAAGAACUUUAAUUUUUAAGACCCUGUGACCAUUCGCCUGGUGCUUCAUCACAAUGAACGUGGGCACUAGUUUAUUUUGAGUCACUCCCACAUGCACACUGUUGCUGUAAAUACUCACCAGUGGACCAAAUCUGCCCCAGCCAAAAUACAAUUUAUUCCGGUUUGAUUAACGUUUGCUCAAACUACAGUGUCCACCUGUUUUAGGGAAUUAUUGAGUCCAUUAAGAUUUAAAUCAACUGAGUCGGCCACAGAUUCAAGUACACCAUUUAAGUACACGUCAGAAGAAUUACUAAAAAUAAACAUAGCAAAGAACAAACAAAAAAAUUGUUUGCCUACUUAAAGAGCUAACUUAAAGGCUAGUAUGACUAGCAGUAAACUAAACUAGGCUAAUUAGCAAACAUAACUCACUCUGGCUAGUCUGUAUCUCUUUGUAAUCAUAUAUCACCUCUUAUUUUUGUUACUUAGGUUGACUGACAUUGCUGAAUAAGAGAGCUGUUUGCAUAUCCAGCUUCUAUUGAGCUGAUUUCCCUUUAUGAAAUGUUUGCUAAAACAACUCUCUUAGCAAUUGGUAAUAAGCCAGGGGCACUGGCUAAUGUCUCCUUCAGUAUCUUUGCCCAAACCUGUAGAAGGGUCAGUUCACUCAGACCACAAAAAAACCCAAAUCAUAUUUUGUCACUUAACCGGGGGGUGUAGCUACAUAGUUGUAUUAUCUCCUGAGACUCUAAAAUAGCUGUCUCUGAAACCUUUGCUGCAACUUCAGUACAAUGGGGAUGAACGGAAUGAGGUCAGUAGCUGAUGGUGUGUUUGCAGAUGAUUAGCUUACUGGACAGCUGGGCUGUGGUUACAAAUUAACCAACCCGGUGUAAAAAUAGUG